CGGGGGCGUUAUCUUGUCUGUGGGUUCAACCAAUAUUACUGAUAUGACUAUUGAUCAUGCACAAUGUACAUUCGUACAGGGUGCCUUUUUCCUGGUUCCUUGUCUUUAGUGCUAUCACUCUGGCCGGCUGCAGUAUGGCUUUCAGUAAUUUCCUUUUAAAGCGCUGAUUUGAUAAGAUACUAAAGUUAAGGCGAAACGGCAAGACCUCAGUGGUUAUCAUAAACGUCUAUAUAACCAUCGAAGCACAUCGCCAUUUCCACGAAAGAUUGGCACAAGACUUGAAUGAGUCUUGCUGACAAUGGCUAUGCCCUAUAUUGUGAAUGUCCAUUCCGAGAUAAUGUCAUUCACUACAGAACACGAUGUGCUGAAUGGAAUUAUAGAGACAGUUUCUUAUUUAUAUUAAAUAGAAAGGAUCUUUAAGGAAGUUAACUAAUGAGUACAUGACAUUGAAUCUAAAGUAUUACCUUCUUACAUAAGUUAUUGGCUUCCCAAUCUUAUAUUAUCUUCCAUUGAGAUUCUACUGAUCCACCCUCAUAAAGCGCUUAACCGCAAUAUGGCCAUAUGCCUCAUACAAUCGAAUGUACCUAAGCGAUCACAAAAUCCAAGUAUUUCAAAAACCCCCAACACUUGUCAUAAAACUUCGAUCGGCGAGCUCGAAGAACCCAGAGGCAGAGCAGUUCCAGUCCAUUUCUUUCGGCGGAGGAGUGAGUGUCAGCUCGUGUUGGGAUCCAAAUUACAUCGCACCUCGGAUUUGUUCAGUCUGGUAAAGUGUCGAGUAAGGGCUUUUCGUGGAAGCCGCGGACCACAGCUCUUAUUUAACGUGAGCACGGGCAAAAAGUCUGUUUUGGAGCGACCAAAAAGCACAAAAGUUUUACUUCUCAACUCAAAAUGGAGACGGGAUUGCACGAACGAGAUCGUGCUGGAGUCCAGGACUUUGUGCUCCUCGAAAACUACCAGAGCGAAGAGGCCUUCAUCGAGAACCUUAAGAAGCGCUUCCAGGAGAACCUGAUUUAUACAUAUAUUGGCCAAGUCUUAAUCUCCGUGAAUCCCUACAAGCAGCUGCCUAUUUAUUCCGAUGACCAUGUCAAGGCGUACAGGAACAAGCACUUCUAUGAGAUGCCCCCACACGUAUUCGCGGUGACGGACAAUGCGUUCCGUUCGCUGAUCGAGGAGAACCGUGGCCAGUGCGUACUCAUCUCCGGAGAGAGUGGUUCCGGCAAGACGGAGGCCUCCAAGAAAGUGCUCCAGUUCAUAGCCGCCUGCUCGGGAAACCAGACCACCGUAGAGGGUGUCAAGGAUAGGCUUCUGAAGAGCAACCCCGUCCUAGAGGCCUUUGGCAAUGCCAAGACGAACCGAAACGACAACUCCUCCCGGUUCGGCAAGUACAUGGACAUUCAGUUCGACUUCAAGGGAGCUCCGAUCGGCGGCAACAUCCUGAACUACCUGCUGGAGAAGUCGAGAGUGGUGGCCCAAAUGAGAGGCGAGCGAAACUUCCACAUCUUUUACCAGCUUUUGGCCGGUGCCGAUGAGACUCUUCUACAGGAAUUGCGUCUGGAGCGGGCUCUGGGCACAUAUAACUACCUGACCGACGGGCAAAACGGCAGCGUGGCGAGCAUCAACGAUGCGGAAAGCUUCAAGCUGGUACAACAGGCCCUCAGUGUGAUCGAUUUCAGCCAGGAGGAGCAGCGCGAGAUCUUCGGAAUUGUGGCCAGUAUCCUGCAUCUGGGUAACGUUGGCUUCAAUGAGGUCGAGGGCAAUGCCAAGGUAAACAGCCGGGACUUGGUGGUGACCGCCGCUCGUCUGUUGGGUGUCAACGCCAGCGAAUUGGAGGCUGCUUUGACCCACCGCACAAUCGAUGCCCGAGGGGAUGUGGUGACCUCCCCGCUCAACCAGGAACUGGCCAUCUAUGCCCGGGAUGCCCUGGCAAAGGCUGUCUACGAUAGAUUGUUCUCGUGGUUGGUCCAGCGUCUCAAUAUCUCGCUGCAGGCGAAGGAAACUCGUGCCUCCAGGAACAAUGUAAUGGGUAUUUUGGAUAUCUAUGGCUUUGAGAUCUUCCAGAAGAACAGCUUUGAGCAGUUCUGCAUCAACUUCUGCAACGAAAAGUUGCAGCAGCUGUUCAUCGAGUUGACCCUUAAAUCGGAGCAGGAUGAGUACAGGAGGGAAGGCAUCGAAUGGAUUCCCGUUGAGUACUUUGACAACAAGGUGAUCUGCAAUCUGAUCGAGGAGAAGCACAAGGGUAUCAUCUCCAUACUCGAUGAGGAGUGCCUGCGACCGGGAGAGCCCACGGAUAAGACCUUCCUGGAGAAGCUCACCCAGAAGUUGACCCAGCACCAUCACUACGUUUCCCAUGAAAAGGCUCCCGCCCACAUCAAGAAAAUCAUGCUGCGCGAUGAGUUCCGUUUGGUUCACUAUGCCGGCGAGGUCACUUACAGCGUUAAUGGUUUCCUGGACAAGAACAACGAUCUGUUGUUCAGGGAUCUGAAGGAAACCCUAAGCAAGGCGGGCAAUGGCAUUGUGAGGAGCUGUUUCCCAGAGAAGGAGCUCCGCAGUCUGAAGCGUCCGGAUACGGCCAUCACCCAGUUCCGAGCUUCGUUGAACAACCUCAUGGACAUCCUUAUGUGCAAGGAGCCCAGCUACAUUCGUUGCAUCAAGCCCAAUGAUCUGCAGACUGCCAACGUAUUCAACGAUGAGUUGGUGCUGCAUCAGGUGAAGUACCUGGGAUUGAUGGAGAACCUUCGGGUAAGGCGAGCUGGUUUCGCCUACCGUCGCACCUAUGAGCUCUUCCUGGAGCGCUACAAAUCACUGAGCAAGUCCACGUGGCCGAAUUACAAGGGUCCUGGCGGACCAAAGGCGGGAGUCCAGCAGCUGGUAAAGGAUUUGGGCUGGGACGAAGAAAAGUACCGGGUGGGCGAGACCAAACUAUUCAUCCGCUGGCCAAGGACCCUCUUUGAUACAGAAGAUGCCUACCAGGAGAAGAAACAUGAGAUAGCCGCCAUUAUCCAAGCGCAUUGGAAGGGAUUGAUGCAGAGGAGGAAGUACCUGAAAUUGCGCGCACAGGUGAUCAUCUUGCAGAGCUACUGCCGCAGACAGUUGGCCCAACAAGCGGCCAAGAAGCGCAGGGAGGCGGCCGAUAAAAUCCGCGCCUUCAUCAAGGGCUUUAUUACAAGGAACGAUGCUCCGAAUGGAUUCAAUGAGGACUUCAUCGCCAACGCUAAGCGAAUGUGGCUGCUCCGUCUGGCCAAGGAGCUACCUACCAAAGUUCUGGACAAGAGCUGGCCCCACGCCCCGGGACACUGUGAGGAGGCCUCCGGAAUCCUUCACCGCCUGCAUCGCCUCCAUUUGGCCAGGAUAUACCGACUGAAACUGACGCCCCAGCAAAAGCGGCAGUUUGAACUGAAGGUCCUUGCUGAAAAGGUAUUCAAGGGCAAGAAGACUAACUAUGAGAGCAGUGUGCCCACCUGGUUCCAGGACGAUCGCAUACCUAAGGAGCACAUCCAGCGGGUCAACGACUUUGUGGCCAGCAGCUUUGGCAGCGAACAGCUAAAAUACCAGUCCUUCUGCACUAAGUUCGACAGACAUGGCUACAAGUCUCGCGACCGCUUCAUCCUACUAAGCAACCAGGCAAUCUAUGUACUGGAUGGCAAGACCUACAAGCAGAAGCAUCGCCUGCCACUGGAGAAGAUCGACUUCACGCUGACGAACCACAACGACGACCUGAUGGUCAUCCGGAUACCGCUUGAGCUGAAAAAGGACAAGGGAGACUUGAUCCUGAUCAUUCCGCGUAUCAUCGAGUUCAGCACGUAUAUCAUUGAUACCGUUGGAACGGCCUCUAUCGUGUCCAUUGUUGACAGAGAUUCGGUGGAACACAACGUGGUCAAGGGCAAGGGCGGCGUCAUCGACAUACAAACGGGCGCUGAGCCGGGAGUGGUUCGUGAUAAGGGCCAUCUUGUUAUCAUUGGAACGCAAUAAGGAAUUUAUCAUGACUUUCAACAGAAAUGUGGCUUUAAAUCAAACGAUGUUUGUUUUGUUAUAUUCGUGUAAUUUAUAGUGUACCUACAUAUGUAUUUUUGUUACCGCCAACGAGUUGUGUAAUUUGGAUUUUAUAUGACUAUGUUCCAACUAAAUGUAUAUUGUUUAUUAAAAAUAUAUCUAUAAAUAUAUGAAAAUUUGUA